AUGGCACCAACAAAGAAGGGACGAGUAUCACGAUCUACCCGUGCUGGAAUUAUUUUUCCGGUCACUCGUAUGCACCGCUAUCUUAAAGCUGCUCCAUCGGCUCCGAAGCGAGUCACAAAAGGUGCAGCUAUUUAUCUAGCUGCUGUAGCAGAAUAUCUUGUUGCUGAAGUACUUGAAUUGAGUGGUAAUGCAGCACGCGAUAAUCGUCGCAGUCGAAUUAUACCACGACAUGUCUUGCUUGCUGUAGCUUCGGAUGAAGAACUCAAUAAAUUACUUCGUGGUUGUGUAAUACCUCAAGGUGGCGUGCUCCCAUUAAUUUUUCCGUUUCUUCUCCCAAAACAUACUGGUGAUAGUUCUGACCAAUCGUUAUCUACUGCAUCACACACACCUCACGUGACAAAAAAGACAGCCGCUAGUAGAAGUACCAAAAGCGUUGCACAUAAGCCAACGCUAACAAAAGGUUUAGGAAGUUUUACUGUUUACGAUUCACCUAAGACGAAGGCAGCUGCACUUAAAGGUACCGCAGUUACAACACUUUCCGAACGUCUAACUGUUGUUCAAGGAAGUAUUGUUAAUAUCAAGGCUGAUGCUAUUAUUCAUCCAACAAGUACGUCACUCAAUAUGGGUGGUGAAGUUGGUCAUGCCUUGGCUAAAGCAGGAGGAAAAGAACUACGAGAUGCUUUAUCUCAAGCAGCACAGACUAAAUCAAUACCCAAUGUUGGAGAUGUGGUUAUUACGGAUGCACCUAAUUUAUCAGCUACACAUCUGAUUCACGUCAAUUCACCAACAUGGAAUGCUAGCGCACAAGAACAAUGUAUCAGUGAUCUUGACAAGGCUACUUUAAAUAUUCUGACUCUAGCUGACGAACAAGGUCUUACGUCUGUUGCUAUACCAAGUGUGAGCAGUGGAAAUGCUGGAUUUCCUAAACAAACCGCUGCACAAACAAUCCUCGCAGGUUUAUCAAAAUACUUUCGACAAACAGCAACAACAAAGCUGCAGCAAGUCUUUUUUGUUUUAUAUGAUGCUGAAAGUGUUAAUGUUUACACAACUGAACUUCAACGUAUGGUUGAAUAA